AUGGUACACAUCGAGGGGCUUCCCAUAGAGCUCCUAGAUCUCAUUCUGUCUUUUUUUGUCCAUCCAGAUGAUCUCGACCUCCUGAGCGGGGAUCAAAACACGAAAGCUAAAGACGGCAAGGCAAACGAAUUGGAUGACGACGAAUAUGACGAUGAUGAACCUGAUGGGACCGAGACUCUGCGCAAUGCUUGCCUAGUUUCGCGCAAGUUCCGUGAGGUGGCCCAACCUUUGCUCUUCCGUGAGUUUUUUGAUGAUGGUUUGGCCGGUGGUCCAAGCCCGACCAUCUUGUUCACCAAAACACUUUAUCGUCGUCCAGACCUCGGAAAACAUGUGCAUCAAGUCUCCAUCAUGCCUCACCCAUUCAACCCAGGCGGUCCCACACUUGUUUCCGCAGAGGACUCCGAGCUGUUCAAAGGCAUAAUUAAGGACCUUCAGUUGGGUAAUCAGGAGGAAACAUGGAUUUCGGCCAUGGAGAAAUCCGACCUUGGCAUUUUCGGAGCAUUACUAGCCAACAAAACCCCCAAUCUUCGUGGGCUACAUCUGCCAUCGCGCCAAUUUUGGAUUCAGCCAUUCAUCCAGCUUUUCCGUCGCAAUCCAGAAUUUUUGUCGAAGCUCGAGUCUGUCUGGAUUGAAAGCGAUGAUGAACUUUCCGGCUUCGACAUGGCUUCCUAUGAGAAAUUCCUCGCCCUUCCCAAGGUCACAUUUUCCACCUUUGAGUACGGUGAUCUAUACGACGAAUCGUUUCCAUCUACCUGGCUCCCUGGAACAUUGGAGACGCAGGAACUGGCCUUCCACCACUGCCACAUUGAUGCUGGCGCCAUGAAAAAGUUGAUGCAAGCGUGCAAGAAGCUAAAAACCUUUACCUACAACAAUUUCAGCUUGGACCCUAACGACCGACGGAUCAUGCCCGAGGGAACCGUGCCUGAGUUCAACGCUAAGGAGGCCCAUGAAGCCGUCCUUCUACAUAAAGACACCCUUGAGCUCUUCCACCUCGAGUACGCCAUGGAACUACCGGACGUUGAUAAUAUCGAGCAACUCGUUUCUAGCCACGUCAAGGUCGGCUCAUUCCACGAUUUCUCCGUCCUCGAAACCAUCCUCAUCCCACACGCCUCUCUUCCACCACACCCUCAAUUACCCAGCUCGUUAGAGACACUCCAUAUCACCGACUGCAACUCAUCUGUCCGGGAGCUGGCUCAGAACAUUGCGACAGAUUGUAAACAUGGUUUUUAUCCGAAGCUGACUAACGUCAAGGUAUUCGCAAUCGACAUCACACAGCCCAUUAAGCUUCCUGGGCAACGUGUUCCACAAGGGAAAACCCCAGAGCAAUGUUUCCUCGAUCUGAAGGAGAUGUUCAAAGGAACCAAAGUGAAUUUCCAGAUCUUGCCAUAUGAGUUACCUGAAUUUGAUGAUUACGAUGAUCUCGACCUCGAUUAUGAUGAAGAUCUUGGUUAUGAGGAAGAUUUCGAAGAACCGGGGUUCGAAGAGUAUCCACCAGGAGCAGAUCCCAGCAUGGGUCCAAUGCCACCACAGCUUUUCGAUUUACUUAUGCAGCGGGCUUUGAUGGACCCUGAAUUUGCACACCUUAACGCCGAUCAUGACAGUGAUGACGAUUCAUGGGAAACCGAAGACUCCGAUUGA